AUGGAAGAUGAAAAUGUUAGAGAUGCAUUAUUGAAGAAAAACUACUAUGAGAAUUGUCCUGGUUGCAAAGUUGACAAAGCAAAAGAGCUCAAAACUGAUGUGACUUUACUAAAUCUCUUGAACAUUUGGAUUGUGGUUUUAUGCAGCUCUUUGCCUAUAGCAACUCUCUUUCCUUACCUAUAUUUCAUGGUAAGAGAUUUCAAUUUUGCAGAAAGAGAGGAGGAUAUAAGUGCCUAUGCUGGUUAUAUAGGAUCUGCAUUUAUGCUUGGAAGAUCUUUGACAUCUAUAUUUUGGGGAAUAGUAGCUGAUCGUUACGGUAGAAAGCCUGUUGCAGUUUUUGGAAUUUUAUCAGUUAUUGUUUUCAACACAUUGUUUGGUCUUAGUACAAGUUUUUGGAUGGCGGUUACUAUGCGAUUUUGUCUAGGAUCUUUAAAUGGUUUGCAAGGACCAAUGAAGGCUUAUAGUACCGAAAUUUUUAGAGAAGAAAAGCAAGGCCUUGGACUCUCAACAGUCAGUGCAGCUUGGGGCAUAGGUUUAAUAAUUGGACCAGCAAUUGGAGGUUACUUGGCUCAACCAACAGUGAAAUACCCUCAUCUAUUUCCAAAAGAUUCAUUUUGGGAUAAGUUUCCAUAUUUCUUGCCUUCCCUUGUAACAUCAUCUUUUGCAGUUGUGGUAGCAAUUGCCUGCAUCUGGCUUCCGGAAACACUGCAUAACCACCCUCUAAGCAAUGAGUCUAUUGAAGAUGCUGAAGUUGCUGAAACUGGAAGUAAAAAGAAAGGUGUAGACAAAAUAAUCCAAAAAGAUGAAAACCUCUUGAAGAACUGGCCCUUAAUGUCAUCUGUUGUUGUGUAUAGCAUUUUCUCACUUUGUGAUAUUGCUUAUCAAGAGGUUUUCUCGUUAUGGGCUGUUAGUCCUAGAAGGUUGGGUGGUUUGGACUUUACAACUGAUAAUGUAGGGGAUGUUCUCGCAAUAUCGGGUAUCGGUCUUAUUGUUUCCCAGAUUUUCUUCUACCCGACAUUGGAAAGAACUUUUGGACCUAUAAGAUUUGCUCGCAUCACUGCGGUUUUUUCCAUACCUUUGUUGCAAAGUUACCCAUUCAUAGCAAUGCUUUCUGGCAUGACACUAUACCUAGUUAUUAAUAUUGCUUCCAUUUUGAAGAAUGUUAUAAGUAUGACCAUAAUCACUGGUUUAUUUAUUUUGCAAAACAGAUCAGUGGAACAACAUCAAAGAGGGGCAGCUAAUGGCAUUGCUAUGACUGCAAUGUCAAUAUUACAAGCAGUUGGUCCAGCUGGAGGUGGUGCAGUAUUAGCUUGGUCACAAAAACGGAUACAUGCAUCAUUUCUUCCAGGAACUCAUAUGGUGUUCUUUGUCAUGAAUGUUGUUGUCGGACUUGGAGUGAUAUUGAUGUUUACACCAUUUUUAAGAGAAAAGAAGAAACCACAUUCUGCUGAGAUUGUUACACUAUUAUAA